ACUUUUAUCUUUUAUAAGCACUUUUGGGACACUAGAAACAUUUUGGGACAAUGAUUGCUUUCCGAGAAAUAUCAUUCUCAUUUAACGCCACAUCAAUUGGUGUCUGCAAAUCACUUAUGACGUCAUGUGAUCUUGCAGUUAGUUUGAAACAGUGUAGCUAGCCAGUAGCGUGGAUAUAAAGUCGCAUAUCGGAUGGUUUCAAAGAUGGCGACAGAUAGUCGUGAAGAACCGAAUGAGCCUGCACUGGAAAGCCAAGAAGACAGCCCGUCAUUGCAAGAACCAAGGUUGACUGGCAGCAAAAGUUCUGAAGCAGACAACUCCCCAUCGAUAAAGCCAGGAUUGAGGCAUGAGUUGGUGGAAGUCUGCUCAACCCAUUCUAGUUUGCCAGAGAGUCAGAAACCUUGUUCUUCGUCGACUAGAAAAAUCAGUCUUCCAGAGAACAUCUUGCGUCGCAUUGGCCGAACGGAGAGCCUCGACGUGUUUCCCCAUCUGAAGCGAGUUAAAAGCACUCCGCGCGGAUUUGCACCUCUCUGUCUAAUUGAGAAUCCAGAGCUGAGGCACUUGCACAACUGCUCAAGCCACAGUAACCUACCACACCUCAAAGAAUGGUCUCGCAGAAGCAGCUGUCCAAGUCCAUGUACAGAUCUGCACGACCUAAAACCUGUCUGUUCAAGCAAUGUUCAAAGGAGACGACAGAGUUUUCCGGUAGCCAAAGCAGACGCUAAGGCCGAUAAAUCGAAGUCUUACAACAAGUUAACGUCAUCAAAUUCUGCUACUGUUAUCAGCGACUUUGCAAAAAGAAAAUCAGAACAAAAAUUGGCUGAAUCGGCAAAGGCGGUUACACGUAGCCAAGAUGGGCGCAGUUGCGAUCUAACGACUUCAUUACAAAUGGCUGAUAGUUGGUCAUCGUCUGUCUUAGAUACAGAGCAUUUAAGGGGUCCUGUAGAAUUACUGAAGAGAGAAGAGUCGCAUUGUUCUAGCAGAUCCUCCUUAAAAAGUAUCUGUGAAGAAGACAUGACUGUUUUCUAAUUGUAAUUGUGCUCUUAAUUUGAUUAGCAUUUCUUUUGGUAUAUGUAUGUUUGUUAUCCUGAGUGCUGCUACCAACUACAACAUGCAAGGGUAAUGAUAAAUUUGUAUCUUAACUUCUGUCAUGGAAGAGGAUUUUUUCGAAGAAUUUGUGUUGCUUUCUUUACAUUCCUGACCAAAGAUUUUACGUUGACUAAGGUAGCUUCUUGUAAAUAUGAUCUAAUGAAAGAGGUUUUUCUUUUAAAAUAACAAACACUCAUCUGAAACUUUCAUGUAUACGAAUAUCGUAACAGAAAACAGGGAAAACACACCAAUGACCCAGAAAAUUGAGCUAGAAAUGAAAAACUAUUUCUGGCAUUAUGAAGAAUUAUGAAGAAUAGAAAAAUAAUGACACUAGAAAAGAAAAAAUUGUCAAAAGGACUGAAAACCCCAAGCUAAGUUAUUGUCAAACUUUAAAGCCAAGAUCAUCCACAACAAAAUAAGAAAAUUUUAU